AUGAUUGCGUUAUCUCACUUGUUUCAGAUCUGUUCUCUAGUACUGGCACUGGCCGUAUCUGGCGCCAUCUCUGAAUCUGGGAAACCCAGCAAACAGCAGACAAAGCGAGGGGUGCUCGGUUUGGAGUAUGGUGGAUCGGGGUUGGCCUUGGGCCAAGGCAUCGGUAGUAUUGAUUUGGGCCAUGCAGGAAGCAUUGGUCUAGCAGGCUAUGGUGGGGGAUACGCCCUCGCCAGCGGAGGAAUUGGCCUCUCCAGCGGAGGACUUGCCCUUAGCAGCGGAGGACUUGGACUCGGAUCUGGUGCCAUUGGGCUCACCGCUGCUGUCUCUCCCGUCCGCGUGACUACAAUAACACAACAAGUCCCUGUCCCUGUACCUCACCCCGUUCCAGUCACUGUAAACAGACCUGUCCCUGUGCCAGUCCCGUCCCCAUACCCCGUGUCCGUCCCUCGUCCCUAUCCAGUUGCUGUGCCUCAUCCCGUUCGGGUUGAGGUCCCGAAACCGUAUCCAGUCACGGUGGAUCGACCUGUUCCUGUCCCUGUGCCCCAUGCCGUCCCUGUCCCUCGUCCAUACCCUGUCUCAGUCCCCAAACCUGUCCCUGUAGCAGUUCCUGUGCCCCAGCCAGUAGCUGUUCCUGUGCCUCAUCCUGUAGCUGUCUCUGUGCCUCAGCCUGUAGCUGUCCCUGUGUCUCAGCCUGUAGCUGUCCCUGUGUCUCAACCUGUAGCUGUUUCAGUGCCUCAGCCUGUAGCUCUUGCUGNCCCUGUGUCUCAGCCUGUAGCUGUCCCUGUGUCUCAACCUGUAGCUCUUGCUACAGUAGGUUUGGGGUCUUCCAUUGGUAGCGGGUCUAUUGGUGGCCUGUACAGCUCGGGAUCUCUUGCAGGUCUGGGCUAUGGUUAUGGAGGUUCCAUCUCACUUGGAAAACUUUACAGCGGUUCCAGCUCACUUGGAGGACUUUACGGAAGCUCUUUGAGCCUGGGAUCCAGUGCUGGAUAUGGUUCCAGCUCACUUGGAGGACUUUACGGAAGCUCUUUGAGCCUGGGAUCCAGUGCUGGAUAUGGUUCCAGUUCAUUGAAAGGAAUCUACGUACCCAGUUCACUCGGCGGACUUCAUGGCAGUAGCUACGGAUUGGGAUAUGGCUACAAGGGUUAG